CCCUCUCUCUCUAAAUUCAAUUUUCAAAAGAAUAUCCUGUCCUUUAAAGUUAAAACCCACGAAAACUUUCGCAUUCCCAUAUCCACCACAUCCAUGGCUAAAGAUCUCGAGACCCUCGAAGGGCAACCACUGCAAGAGCGCGAGCAAGAACAAGAACAAGAACAAGAAUUAACACAGACACCCACAAGCCAAGAAGAAGAAAAUCAUCGUGAGACGUCGAAGAGAUCAGAAGAGUUAGGAUUGGUGACGCCAAGUUCAAGUGAUCACAAGAUUCCGGCGGCGGAGACAUGUCCUCCGGCGCCGAGAAAGCAACGGCGAGAGAAUCUUCCGACGAGGAAGAGAAGAUUGUCUGAAGAUCUAAGGUUCUUCGAAGACACGGACUUUGGCCGUCGAGAAGUUGAGUCUUUCUUCGUCGGUGUUCGUCGUUGCCAGACCGGUUUGGUUAAGAGGAGAAGGUGUAGGAGCACUUAAAGAAAAAUCCAACUAUGCUUACACAAACCACGUAAGCACUGAGCUUUUUGUCAGAGACCGACACGUAUCACCAGAUGUCACACUUCAGUUACCCUUCCUCUAUUUACCCACGCUCACCCAUGCAAAUUCCGGUAAAUACCCUUGCGCUGUAAGCAACGCAGCAGCAUCAAUGGCGCCGAGGAGAUCGUCACGAAAGGUGGUGUCGGUGACGAAGAAGAAGAGAGUGGUGGAGGAGACAGUGAAAGUGACUGUCUUCGACGGAGAUGCUAAAGUUACGGAGACGGAGUCGCUGGAGAAUAACCAGCAAGAAACAGAGGAACUCACUCUGAGCAUUCCCGUCGGCGAAGAAGAACCUCCGGAUAAGGAGGCGGAGGACGUCGUCAGGGUUGAAAUUCCGGUGUCGGGUCCAGAGAACCGGUCGCCGGAGCCGCCGCCUCAGCCGCCGCAGACCCCCGGCGCCAAAGGCGAGGAGAGAAAAUCCCCGGAGAUAGAGAAAGAGAGAGAGGAAGACGAAGGAGAAAGAGAAGAAACCCACGAAGAAGAAGGAGGGCAAGAAACCGCCGGAGAAGGAAUCCAGGAGAAAGGGCUGGAGGAAGAGAAGACGGGGAAGGAAGAGAAGUCGGCGGAGGAAACUCCGGCGAGGAAGAGGAGGAGGAGGAGGGGGAGAUUAUCCGGCGAGGGAGGAGGAGGGUACAGGAGGUACGUGUGGAAGGUGAUGAAGGAGGUGCAUCCGAAGAUGGGGAUAUCGGGGAAGGCGAUGUCGGUGUUGAACACGUUCAUGGGGGAUAUGUUCGAGAGGAUAGCGGAGGAGGCGGCCAGGCUGAAUCAGCAUUCACGGAGGAGGACGAUGUCGGCGAGGGAGAUUCAGGCGGCGGUGAGGCUCGUCUUGCCCGGAGAGCUCAGCCGCCACGCCGUCGCCGAAGGCUCCAAGGCUGUUUCCAACUAUGUCGCUUUCGACUCCAAGAAACCGUAGUCCUAAUCUUUUAUUUAGGGUUUUUAAUUGAUUUUAAAUCUCAAUUUCUUUUUUUCUUUUUUUGUAACUCAGGUUUAGUUUUCUCUAGGUUUUUUUAAAUUGUAUUUGUGGGUCGGGAUGUUAUGUGCGUAAUCCCCCUUUUUGAAAUUUUUGGUGUGUGAAAUAUAUGUGACUCCACAUAAAAGGGGGUUGUUGUUACGUUUGCUAUGACCCUGUGUUUUGCUC